AUGAACGUCAGAGAGUUAUAAUAAUUCUAAAAAUCAUGAUAAACCUAAAACAUGGAUAGGGGCCUACUGCUGCUACUGUUACUGUUGUGAUCCGGGUACUCUCUUACGAGAAGAAAAAACAGGAAGUACAAUCAGUGUCGGCAUAUGUUGUGAGACAGACCUUGUGUCAUGUACUUUUAAUUAUUGGAAACGACAAUCUGACAAUCUGUUUAAGAUUAUACUGGUCGUCUUUUUGCAAAUAUACUCUCAUGUCGAGAUAUAAAUAAACGUCGUCUAUCCUUAAAAUGACGUGACACCACUAGGAAGGAAACUUUGAGAGCUUGGAGAUGUAACAUGGAUUUUGGCUAAUAGAAUGGCGCCAGCAUGAUGCCAGAAUUGUGCAUAAAACACGAGUCUUUCAGCAGGUUACAGCCGCAUCAAAACCCAGCAAUGUGGUGGUUUCAGCAGGGUAUGUGCAUAUUACCUGUGGCUCUAGUGAUUUGGACUGCUGCCACUUUUGCCUUCGCCUACAUCACUGCUGUGUUGCUGAAGCAUGUUGACCCUCUUGUGCCAUAUAUAAGCGAUACUGGGUCUGAAGCUCCUGAAAGAUGUGUGUUUGGGAUCAUGCUCAACAUCUCUGCAUUACUUGGUAUCUCCACCACUUACGUGCGGUAUAAACAGGUCCAGGCGCUAACAGACCAGGGAGAGACCAGAGUCCAUCAGCUGAACCUGCUGGGUAUCAUUCUUGGCUGGACCAGCUCCCUAGGAAUGUGUGUUGUAGGAAACUUUCAGAAAACCACCAUCUUUUCCAUACACAUAGUUGGGGCGGUGCUGACCUUUGGUGUUGGAGCUUUGUACAUCAUGGUGCAGGCUGGCGUGUCCUAUCAGAUGCAGCCGCAUGUUCACAGCAAAAGCGUGUUCUGGGUGCGUCUCAGUGUUGCAGCCUGGAGCAUCGCCAGCAGCAUCAGCAUGUUUGUGUCAUCCAUGAUCAUGUACAGCAGCUUGCCUGGGGUGGACUUGUCAAAGAAACUACACUGGAUCCCAGGAGAAACGGGCUACACCGCUCAUCUUAUCAGCACCAUCUCUGAGUGGUCUCUGGCCUUCUCCUUUGUCUGCUUCUUCUUCACCUACAUCAGGGACUUCCAGAAAAUCAACCUGAGAGCAGAGGUGAUGCUUCAUGGUAGUCACCUGUAUGAGUCAUCGCACUACGGCGUCAUUGGGCCUCUGAAUCCAGGAGAAAACUCCCCCCUGCUUGCUGGCAGCAUCUAGAGAAGAACAACACAACCUGAACCUUCUACCUGGCAACCGGACCGGAACUUAUAUAUAUGCUCCACAAUGGAGUGUCCAUGUUCAGAAGCUCUGAAGAGAGGUCCUGAGUUGGAUGAAGUGACUUUGGUUAAAAAUGGCCAGGUUUAAUCUUUCUGCUGUGAGAUUCGGUCUGACAGGGGAAUCUGGCCUGCUUUCUGCUAUUGCUUGAGCUGUAAGCUUAUGAACUAAAAAAGCCCUGUUUCAGCCUCAUAAGAUCUCCACUCUCUUUGAGUUAUAUGAAGAGAUCACUAACACCCAAAUAACACCGAGAUUAUUUAUAAUAUUAUGACGUCAUAUGUCAUGACAGAAAAUGUUCAGAUUAUUCUGAGAAAAAGCAUCAGACUCUGACAUAAAUUAUGUCACACUUAAGAAUGGGGAACUGAUCAUGCUUACGCAGUAUUAAUGCAAAUUAUGGAUUAUUUGUUUAUAAUUUUUGUCUUUGCUGGUACUUUCAUACUUUAAAAUCUGUUGAUGAGCUGCAGGGGGCACUAAAGUCAUACUGUUUAGUAUGAGUAUCAGAAGAGGAUAUGUUGAAAGCAGCCUAAUGCCUGAGAAGUAGGUCUAAGUAAACAUGAAGUAUUUAAAGUUGUUGCUUAUGAUCUCACUGCACACUGCCAGUUCACAAUAAUCUCACAAGACAAGUGUACCAACCUUCAACGGUUUCUCAAAACUAGGGACAUUGUUUUGAGAAUCUGUUACAGUCUAACAUUUACAACUGCAAAACUGACAUGACAUUUCUGUCAAAUACUGUACUCUGCUUAGAUUUCGUACCACUUUCACAUCCACCUGUCAUUCAUUUAAAUAAGGGUGUGGCAAGUAGGUUUUGCUGCCAAAAAAAUAAAGCCUCUGCACUUGCAACAAUGAAGACAUUGUGGAAAAAUGGCGAGCCUGUUGCUAUCAGUGCUCUGGUUGUUACCCCAUUGCAUUGACCGUUUUAUACUUCUAUGUAAUCAUAUGCAUUAAAACACUUAAUAUAAAAGAAGACAUAGAAGACUGAUAGGGAUAUCGGGGCUCACUUCCUGUGGAAUUGUACCAUCAUUGUUGAUGUAGAAGCAUUUGAAUUUGUUCAGGAAAGCCACUUACUGCACUUCCUAGUAAAUACCAAUAACAAUAAGACAUACGGCAUGGUGGGUGUCAACCCAUGAUGUUCGCUCAAAUACUGCCAUUUCAAAAGAUCCAUUCAUAUCAAUAGUAUAUUUUGCUACUAGAAACUACUUUACUACUGUAGAAUCAGUUGAUUUGGAACGUAACCAGUGAUCAUAUAUUCUGUAAGUAUACUGUGUACAUUUCAGUUGUAUUCAUCUUUCCACAUUUUUACAAUAAUAAAGGAAACAAACAAAAGCA